AUGGAUAUUCCUGAAAAGACACCCGUUUGCGAUACUGAGCUCCGCCAGCGCCAUGACCGGCGACAAGUCGAAAUCGUCGGGCCGCAUGGCGAGCACAAGAAGGUUAACAUCGCCGAAAUGAGCCAGGCCGACUCAGAACUGGCAUCCAAGUUCGGCUACAAGCCAGUGUUCAAGCGUGAAUUUGGCUAUCUGGCGACCUUUUCGUUUGCAGUCAGUAUCAGUGGUCUGUUCUCCACCAUCAUGACCACUCUGUCCUACCCACUGGAAGCGGGUGGCAGUAGUGCGGUCGUGUGGUGUUGGCUGAUCUCCGGUGCUGGCUGCAUGUGCAUUGCGUGUUCCGUCGCUGAGCUGGUCUCCGCGUAUCCGACAUCUGGCGGUCUCUACUUCACCAUUUCUCGCCUGGCACCUCAUGGCUGGGUGCCCUCGAUCAGUUGGUUUACGGGCUGGCUCAACCUCCUGGGUCAGAUUGCCGGUGUGGCCUCGUCGGAGUACGGCGCGGCCCAGAUGCUUCUGGCUGCCGUCUCGAUGAGCCGCAACUUCAACUACACCAUCACCGACAACACUACUAUUGGUGUCAUGGCGGCCCUGACCGUGGUCACGGGCGUUGUCAACUCCUUGUCGACUUAUUGGAUGGAGAAGAUGACCAAGUUCUACGUCAUUUUUCACGUCUGCGUUCUCGUGGCCUGUGCCAUCGCUCUGCUGGUUUUGACUAAAGAUAAGCAUGAUGCGAGCUAUGUCUUCACUAAUGUUGAAAGCCAGAGCGGCUGGAAGCCCAUCGGGUUCAGUUGGCUGUUUGGUUUCUUGUCUGUGAGCUGGACUAUGACCGACUACGACGCGACCGCGCACAUCACGGAAGAGAUGAGUGAUCCCGAGCGCAAAGCGCCAUGGGCCAUCUCUCUAGCUAUGCUCUUCACCUACGUUGCCGGUUUCUUAUUUAAUAUCGUCCUUUGCUUCUGCAUGGGCAACCCCACCGAGAUCUUGGGCUCCCCAAUGGACCAGCCUGUGGCCCAGAUCUUCUACAACAGCCUAGGCAAGGGCGGUGGCAUGUUCUUCACCAUUGCAGCUCUGAUCAUUAUUAAGUUUGUGACCUUCACUGCUAUGCAGUCUCUUGGUCGCACUGUCUUUGCCUUCUCUCGCGACCGCCUCUUACCGUUCUCGAACAUCUGGGUUAAGGUCACUCCCUGGACCGGUACCCCUCUUUACGCUGUCUGGAUCUCCGUCUUUUUCUGCAUUGCGAUCAACCUAAUCGGCCUAGGCUCUUACGCAGCCAUCUCAGGUGUAUUCACCGUCUGCGCCAUUGCUCUGGACUGGAGUUACUGUAUCCCCAUUCUGUGCAAGCUGCUCUUCGGAAAAUUCCAGCCUGGCCCGUGGCACAUGGGCUCAUUGAGCUGGAUUGUGAAUGUCUGGGCCUGUCUGUGGACUCUCUUCGUCAGCAUCAUUUUCGUCCUGCCCACCGUGAUGCCGGUCACCCCGGAUGGCAUGAACUAUGCCUGUGUCUAUCUCGUCGCCGUCCUACUGUUCGCCCUCGUCUACUGGUACAUCCGUGGCCGUGUCGUAUACAAUGGCCCCAUCACCGAAGCUGUUGCAGAUGAUUUAUCCGAGAGCGAGAUCGUCGCCGCCGAAAAAGCUGACAAGGGACCCGCCGCAUAA